AUGUUGUUGCGAUUCGAAUCAAAAUGGGGCCAAUUUCGAUUGACCGUGGACCCAACCGACCGUUUUUCUUCAUUAACGAGCCAGAUCCUUGGUCAUCUGCCUCCAAAUACCGACGCCACCACCAUUGUCCUGAGUAAUAAACCAGUCAGUUCGACACCAGAUCCCGAGCGAGAGCGGCGCUUGGCCGAUCUACCAGGCGUAGAAUUGCAACAAGUUGGGCUCAAGCACGGCGACAAGCUCUAUAUUGGAUAUCAAGAGUCUGAAAGUCUUGCCAACGGCCACGCCAACGGCGAAGUCGCCGCGACCACGCGACGGCUCAAUGGUACCAUAGCCCUUCCCGAACCCGACGAGCCCAUAACCGCCCCCUCCGUCACAUCGCCCACCCUCGUUCGAAACCCAUGGGAAGUGGUGAAACAGUCCCCCCUCGAUGAUCGGUUAGACAAACGAGAUGGAAAGAUAUCACGACCGAGAGAUGCCAAAAUGUGCCGGCACGGCCCCAAGGGCAUGUGCGACUAUUGCCAGCCGUUGGAGCCUUACGACAAGAAAUACCUUGACGAGAGGAAAAUCAAACAUCUCUCUUUUCACAGUUACCUACGGAAAAUCAACCUUGCCACGAACAAACCCGAAUUGAAAAGCUCAUACAUGCCACCAUUAACAGAACCAUACUAUAGAGUGAAAAAAGAAUGCCCGUCGGGUCAUCCUCCCUGGCCCGAGGGCAUCUGUACGAAAUGCCAGCCGAGUGCCAUCACUUUGCAGCCACAAGAGUUCCGAAUGGUGGAUCAUGUCGAAUUCUCCUCGGCCGACAUGGUAGAUAGGCUGAUCGAUUUCUGGAGAAAGUCGGGUUGUCAGCGGCUGGGGUAUCUGUAUGGCCGAUAUGAGGAAUACACCGAGGUACCGCUUGGUGUCAAGGCCAUUGUCGAAGCGAUUUACGAACCCCCUCAGAUGUCCGAAGUUGAUGGGCUGACAUUGUCAGAGUGGCCGAACGAGAAGGAGGUUGAUGAGGUUGCAAGAAUGUGUGGCCUUGAACGGGUUGGUGUUAUCUUCACCGAUCUGAUGACACCAGAAGAUGGCGAAGGUCAAGCAGUCUGCAAGAGACACGUCGACUCGUAUUUUCUGGCCUCACUUGAGAUCGCGUUUGCGGCUCGCCUUCAAGCACAAUACCCAAUGCCUUCCAAAUGGAGCGAGACUGGAAGAUUCGGUUCCAAAUUUGUAACCUGCGUUGUCACCGGCGAUCAGGAUGAGACCAUAACUAUCAAUGCUUACCAGGCCUCGAACGCUGCCGUCGAAAUGGUGCGGGCGGACAUAGUCGAGCCUUCAGCAGACCCCUCUGUGAUGCUGGUACAAUCUGAAGACGACGAGGGGGGCGGAUCCAAGUCAAGAUAUAUUCCCGAAGUCUUCUAUCGGCGCAUCAACGAAUAUGGUGCAAAUGUACAGGAGAACGCUAAACCCAGUUUCCCGGUGGAAUAUCUGCUGGUGUCGAUCACGGCAGGUAUGCCCAUCCAGCCUGUUCCAUUAUUCAAGAACAGUCGAUUUCCGAUCGAGAAUCGAGAAGCGGUCGCCGAAGGACAAGAUCCCCGAGACGUCGCUAAGCAGCUUCGGUCAUCGCAAUCUGUGGACGCCGUGUCCGAUUUCCAUCUUCUGUGCUUCAUCCAUGGCAUGGAAGUAUUUAGCAAGGAUGAAGAACGGUUACUUUGUAAGGUUGCAACGAAGCGUGACCAGAUUGAUGCGAUUCAUUUGACAGACUCGUCUGGAUGGGGAACCUUGAUGGCGAUUCUCGAGACAUAUGGUGAGCGGCCCUUGAAGCGUCCAUGGAUAUUGGAACCGCAAGAGGACGAUGGCGAUGCUAGCAGCCCAUCAGAAACUCUGGCUAAGCGAUUCAAACAGGCGGCUAGCCUCGAGCGCUAG